CCAGUACAUUGCUCAGUUGUUGUCUGAACUAAUGUUAGCUAACCUGGUUAUGUUGCAGUUACCAAAGGAACAGAUUCACAGCUUCAAGCUUGUGGUGAAAUCAAAGGUGGCUGUAAAGAACCUGCUCCAAAACGUGUAUGUGGUGUGUACCUUUGGGCUACUGGUCAGAAUAGUGGUUAUGCAAAAGGUUGUUGCAGGCUGGUAGAUGAUGAAGUGAUGGAGAUGUUAGGAGGCCACAGCCAUUGUGAUGUUGGGUGGCUGUUGCUCUUUAACUGCCAUCUGCCAAAAAGGGUGCUGUGCAAUGAUAUCCUCAGCCUGAAGGUGGCAGGAGAUCCAGUUCUUACCCCUCACUCUGUGUGUCUGAGGCUGGCAGGCCUCAGUAAGCGUCAGAUGCGGAUGUGUGUGCGAAACCCUGACGUGACAGCAUCUGCUCUACAGGGAAUCCAGGUGGCCAUCCACGAAUGCCAGCACCAGCUCCGAGACCAGCGCUGGAACUGUUCCUCACUGGAGGGCUUUGGCAAGCUGCCCCACCACAACACCAUCCUUAACAGGGGUUUUCGGGAGAGCGCCUUCUCCCUGGCCUUGCUGGCAGCGGGUGUGGCUCACUCUGUGGCCUCGGCCUGCAGCAUGGGCAAGUUGCGGGGGUGUGGCUGUGAAUCCAAGCGUCGCCAAGAUGAUGACAAGAUCCGGUUGAAACUCACACAACUACAGCUGCAGACUCUACAGAAGGGCGGGGUAGGCAUCGACAUGACAAGGUCAUUACCCUCCGAGCUAAAUGGUCACCAUGGCAAUCUGCCCACUAACCUGCGGUCUGCUCACCCCUCUGCCCUGCUCAAGCCUCUAUCAGAUGAGUUAAGCUCUAUGCAGGACACUUGGGAGUGGGGUGGCUGCAGUCAUAAUUUGCGUUUUGGGGACCGUUUCUCAAGGGACUGGCUUGACUCCCGUGGGUCUCCAAGAGAUAUCCAUGCUCGCAUGAGGAUACAUAACAACCGUGUGGGAAGACAGAUAGUGACUGACAACAUGACGAGAAAGUGUAAAUGUCAUGGCACAUCAGGGAGCUGUCAGUUCAAGACCUGCUGGCAUGUGUCGCCAGAGUUUCGGCUUGUGGGAUCUUUGCUCAAGGAAAAGUUCUUGUCGGCCAUCUUUGUCAAUUCCCAGAACAAAAACAAUGGAGUUUUUAACCCUCGAAUAGAAAACAGUGCCAGAGGAAGCCCUGGGGUGUUCAAUGGAGGGCGUCGUAGAAGCAUGGCAAGAGAGCUGGUAUAUUUUGAGAAGUCUCCUGAUUUCUGUGAGCCCGAUACAUCCAUUGAUUCUCCAGGUACACAAGGGCGCAUUUGCAACAAAACUAGCUAUAGCACUGACAGCUGUAGUUCACUGUGCUGUGGCCGUGGGCACAACAUCCUGAAGCAGACACGCAGCGAGCGUUGCAAUUGCAGAUUUCACUGGUGUUGCUACGUGCUGUGUGAGGAGUGUCGUCUCACUGAGUGGGUCAAUGUGUGCAAGUAGAUUCCAGUUCUAACUGCUUUUACCCAUUCAGAACUCAAGAUGGCGAGCCUGUCCCUUUGCCCUCUCCUGUUGUUCAAGCUUUUGUUUUUCUCCUUGUGUAACUCUCCAAAAGAAUCUGUUUAUCCACUCUUUUCUUUUUUUUCUUUUUUUUUUUUUGUUACUUCAUCUGGGAUCUAUUUUCUCUUUGUAGCCGCUGUUAUUCUGAAAAUGCCAAGUCAGAGAUUGAAGAGGUGACUUGCCAUGGUCUGUUUAGACACUGCUAUCUCUACCAUGAAAACAACCUAUACCCCAUAUUCUCUAUCCCACAGAAAAAGAGGGGCAACAACAUUUAAGAUACAUUUGAAUGUAUAAACUCUUGAUCAUCUUCCUGUACAGUAACUGUGUAUUUCAUUGUGUACAUAUAUAUUUGUAAAUAUCUUUAUUAAUAUUAUUAAUAUUAUUAUCAUAUCAGAAUCUGUCCUUAUGGUUUUAGUGAUUGACAGACUUCAAGUGGCAAAGGAGGAUGAACCAGUGCUCUAAGAGAACAAAGGUUUGCUGGAGUUCACAACUGCCAUGCAAGCUCAUCUGAUCAUCUCUUCAAAGUUGAUUUAAUUUGUAUAUUUUGCACCUGUGACAUUUCUCAUUUUAAUUUCUCCUUUAUUUAACCAGAUAAAAACCUCAUUAAGUUUAGAAUUCUUUUUUUCAAGAGUGAUCUGGCCAAGAAGGCAGCACAACUACAAGUUUAUAAUACAUAACAGAGAUCAAUUAUCAAAACAAGUGAAACGGCUCAGAUACUUAUUUGUGUCUGUGUCUGUCUCAGAGUUUUUUUCAUAAGGCUUUGACUUAGAGGAGAUUAGAACGACAACAAUUUCUCAAGGAUGUGUGCAGUUAAUAUAAGGCUUUCUUACUGAAGUACCAAGGCAGACAAUAUAAGGUGGACUUUAAUAAACUUGUUAAAGCUUCACUUAACAUGUGGUUGUGGAUAAAACACUAGUUUCUGAAAAAACAGCCUCUUAAUUCUUUACACUAUGAACUAAUCAUUUAGCUUUAUUUGUCUAGUUGUACAUCGUGAGAAAGUGAUCAUGUUUUUCAUGAAUUCAUCAGUGUGACAGAAAUAUACCUCCUCUUGGUAUAAUAA